AUGAAAGAAGCCUACGCAUACAAGCACUUCAAUGUCCAAUUCCCACAGCAAUAUGUUGCUCAUGUGGAAAUCAACCGUGCAGCCCAGCUGAACGCUUUCUUCGAAGCAAUGUGGAUUGAACUCGGCCAACUCUUCAACCAACUAUCCAUAGAUCCCUCCGUUCGAGCAAUAGUCCUCACCGGCGCAGGAGACAAAGCCUUCACAGCCGGACUCGACGUCAAAGCCGCAUCGCAGGAGUUAUUCUCUGAUAGCGACGACGACGACGACGACAACAACAACAACAACAACAGGAGCGCCCCCGACGCCGCCCGAAAAGCCGCCCAUCUACGUCGCCACAUCGCCUCAUUCCAAGACUGCAUUACGGCCGUCGAGCGGUGCGAGAAACCCGUGAUCGUGGCCAUGCAUGGCUUCUCGCUCGGGCUCGCAAUCGACCUGAGCUCAGCAUGCGACGUGCGGCUUUGUGCGCGGGACGCCAAGUUCGCCGUGAAGGAGGUGGAUAUCGGGCUUGCGGCGGAUGUUGGGACGUUGAGCCGGUUGCCGAAGAUCGUGGGGGAUUUCGGCUGGGUCAAGGAGGUGGCGUUGACGGCGCGGAUGUUUGGGGCGGAGGAGGCCCAGCGGGUUGGGUUUGUGAGUCGGGUGUUUGAGAAUAAGGCAGAGGCUGUUCGGGGGGCCGUGGACUUGGCUGCGUUGAUCGCGAGUAAGAGUCCGGUUGCCGUUCAGGGGACCAAGGAGUUGUUGAAUUGGUCGCGGGAUCAUACGGUGCAGGACGGCCUCCGAUAUACAGCUAUCUGGAACAGUGCGGCGGUGCAGACCAAGGAUGUCUCUGCAGCGUUGCUAUCAGGGAUUCAGAAACGGAAGCCGACAUUUGAGAAGCUUUAG